AUGUUCACGUCAUUUCUGCAGAUGCAGGCUUCAGGGGCGCUGUUGGUUGCGAAGGUUUCUGUUGCCAAUCUCAUCUCGACAUUACCAACAGCCGACUUGUUUGAUGGUGGUGCUCCACAACAGACUACCACAAGGUCUAGUACUUCCAGGUCGCACAAGGCUUCUUCAUUUCUACCAAGAAAUCAUAGACAGGCAGGCGCAUGGGGAACAUAA